AUGCAUGGUGAUCCAAUGUUUUAUUAUGGAUCCGUCAAACCGGUCCGCAACUGUACGCAGGAUGCUGUUUGUGCUCGCAAAUCGUAUCCAACAACAGGAUGUAUGUACGAAGGACGAUGGUACGCAGCGGGCUCGUCAGUACGCACACGAGAGGCUUGCCUGUCGUGUGCGUGUGCGCACGGCGCGUUGUCUUGCCGUCGCCGCGCAUGUGCACCACUGCCCGAACCCCCACCGCGUUGUCAUAUUUUGCACCAGAGAGGAGAGUGCUGUCCUGAACUACGUUGCCCUGAUGGUAUAAAGCACUUAGAAAUUGGAUCAUCUGCUAGACUGGACGACACCAAUAUCGACACUCCUUCAUCGAUAUCACAUGUGUUUCCAGCUUGUGUGGAAGGCGGGACGGUUUAUGCGGCGGGUUCAGCGAUGAGUUCAAACACGGCCUGCGAACAGUGUUUCUGUUUGGGAGGGAUGAGACGCUGCGUGAGGCCAGUCUGCUUGCCUCCCCCACCUGGGUGUAAAGCUCGUCCAGCCGCCGGUGCCUGCUGCCCACAGCGCUAUUACUGUGACCAUACCACUACUAAACCCCCUAGUGAUAGAAACUCCCAUGACUGCAUAACUUCUGAAGGAAAGUGGGCCUCUGAAGGAGAACGAGUAAUUUCUGCGGAAACUGUCGCUGAAUGUGUUCAAUGUUUCUGUCUGCGUGGUUCCAUUCGCUGUCAACACUUAUCGUGUGCUCCAACUCUGCAAGGGUGUAAGCCUUUGGUACAACCAGGACAUUGCUGCCCACAUCAAUAUCAAUGCGGUCAUAAAAAUGAUACAAAGUCACACAAUCCAAAUGUGCUACGGAUGGAUAUUUUGAUACCUUUGAAAAACGAAGUUAGGUCGUUUCAUACAUCGAAAGCGACAAAACGAGAAACUACUAUUAAGGAAGGGACGACUGAUAAAAGUACGCCAGCAGUUACCGUCGCUAAGUCCGAUUUGAUCACAAAUAUGAAAAUUAAAAAGAAUACUGAAGAAUCUGUAAUCUUCAACCCUAAACAGAAACAAUAUAAAAGUACUUUAACAACUUUAGACAUGGAACCAACUACUCAAACUCUUAGUGAUAUAUCUACAACCGUUGAUGACGAAUUUACUACAGAAGAUGAUUACCUAGAAACCACUACAGAACAACCUGAGGGAUCAGUUAAAAUUAUUAUUAAUGGCACUAUAAAUUGUACAGCAGAACUAUCUUCUACUUCAUUACUUCUAAAUGUUUCCAAUGACGAUGAUUCUCUAUGGAUUAAAAGUGAUACUCAACCGCGCAUACCACUUACUGACAAUACUGAAAAUCAUACGUAUCCGCCCAUGGAUAUAAUAACCAAUAAAAACAAUAACGAUGAUUUGGACGAUAAUGAAACAUUUACUAUUAAUGUAACCAGUUCGUUGAGGACAAAUACAACUCAUACUACAUCAGCGACAAUAACCUCGUCGUCAGUUCACCCUAAAACUGUACCACCUGCCUUACUUGGUGUUGCUAAUGCGUCUAAAGUAAAGAAAGAAGAAACCGAUUAUGACUAUAAUGAGCCUACAUUACCACCAUCUUUGCCAAAUUUGAAAAUUAUUCCCUUUGUAGCAGCUGAUGCGGUUGUGGAUGAUGAUGAAGUAGCGUCGAAAGAAAGUCUUGACUAUCCUCUAUUGGAGACAGAUGACAAAUUCCCUGUCUAUUACCCAAAUAAAGAAUCGGACCAGUCGUUAUAUGCAGUACGAAAAGAAGACAACUAUAACCCGACGCAGUACCCAGUAUUUUUGUCGAAAAAAACCGAACCACAAUAUCCUAGCUUCACUCAAGAAGACAAUUUAUCUGAUGUACAGUAUCCCAGUAUCACUAAUGAAGUACCAGCCCAAGUGCAAGAUUACACAGUAACAGCAUCCAUGGGAAAUCCAAAGAUAAAUCAUAACGUUGAUACCAAGUUGUCAAUGCCCAUAAAUAAUAAGUUUGAAGUUGAGACUCCAGCUAUUAAUUUAUUUUCACCGCCAAUUGAAACUGAAGGAGGUUUUGUACCUAAGGGUAUCGGAAUGGACGAGUACUAUUCUGUAUACAAAAGCACACCAGCCCCUAUUGUACCACAUUUGACAACUUCGAUGCAGUUGGAACCAAAAGGCGAAUGUCUCACAAGCGACGGUAGACGUAUCUCUGACGGUGAAUCGAUAUCUAUCGCUUGUUCGAUUUGUUCGUGUGCUUGGGGAGAGCUGCAUUGUUCACAAAGGAUGUGCAGCACACCACCGGGAUGCAAGAGACGUGCUGCAAGUUUAAGCUCAUCUGAUUUGUGUUGCGGAGAACUUGUUUGUGAUCAUUUUAAUCAAACCACUUCAUCUCCAUUGUUUUCAAUGAAUAAAUUUGAACUUACUUUAAAUGAAUCAAAAAUACCGCAAGAUGGUAAGAAAAAUAUCGAAAUUUCAUCUCACCAAAGUACAAAUAUUUCAAAUGCAGAAAAUAUGACUGAAUAUAAUAACUCAGAAAUCGAACACCCUAUAAACAACAACGAACUAAGAAACGUAACGAACAAAGAAAAAAACACAGACAAACAAAGUACUUCAACAAAACCUAUUUCAAGUAAUUCGCCGAAUCUUUACGAAACAACACAGAAGUUAGAUAAUGACUUUAUUGAAAACAACAACCAUUCAUUGGAAUAUGAAGAUGAAGAAGAGGACGAAGGAUUUUCAUUGGGGAGUGUGUUACAGCUGUUGCUUAGUGAAACGUAUGAGACAACAUCAACAGCUGCUCCAACACGUAAAACAACAAAAGUUACCCCUCCACCGCCGCCGAAAUAUUAUACUACUAGUAGCUCCACCGCUACCAGUAAAGUGGAACUAACUACUGAACGUGACGACGCUUUUGUUCCAGUCCCCCAUCGCUUCCCUAUCAUACCUCCGAAAAAGAUAUAUCCUCAGAACCCAGUAAAUAGAAUUGAUCAUUUAGUACUUGGCGAAAUAAAUACAAUUAGAAGGACUACCUUAAAACCCUUUAAACCAAUCUCUUAUACCACAACACGUAAACCAAUAACCACUACAAAAACAACUCAGAAACCACUUACGACAAAAGUUCUAGAAAUAACCAGCAAAGUAGGAUUUUCUGGACAUUCUGUUGAAGUGAAGCCACCGAUACAUAAUUUAUUACCAGGUUUGAAUAUCGGUUUGCCGAAACUAGCUGGAUGUAAUAUCUAUGGGCGCAUGUACCGUGUGGGAAGGAUCAUAGCAGAGCUAUCGUCACCGUGUCAGGAGUGUAAGUGUACGGAAAUCGGUGUCCAAUGUCGCUCUCUGAAUUGCUGAGAGCAAAUUUAGGAAACUUGAAUUCCAGAAAUUGGAAUCAGACUGAAAAAAUAACCGAUAUGAAUACCUGAAGCAACCGAACUGAGGGUUCGUUAUCAAGUGACGUUCCAUAUCGAAUCAAUGUACAGAGUGUGGUUAUGUGUGUGAUUAGAUAAAGUAUAACGUAGGUUUAUAUUAAAUAAUAAAGUAAUUGUACCGCUGAAAGUAACCGUUGAUAUCUGUCAGCUUUGAUCUCAGAUAGUCGUUAGACUGAAUUCAAUUGUAACCCUGGAAAGAUUGAAAGUUACUUUGAAAAUUUGGGAAAAUAAACUUGCCUCAGUAGCGUAAACCACUUAAAUUAUUUUUAGCCAUCUAGUGUAGAGACAAUAAAAUAUACAUAUGAAAA